AUGUCUAAAAUUCCGAGAAACUUUAAGCUGCUGGAGGAGCUCGAAAAGGGUGAGAAGGGCCUGGGCGCUGAGUCCUGCUCGUACGGUCUACAAGACCUGGACGACAUUACCAUGACCCAUUGGAACGGGACGAUCCUGGGACCGCCUAACUCGUCGCACGAAAACAGGAUCUACUCCCUCACCAUAGAAUGCGGCCCAGAGUACCCGGAAAAGCCGCCCAUCGUCAGAUUCAUAUCGAAGAUCAAUCUGCCAUGUGUCGACCAAAAUACAGGACUCGUGCUUGCUAGCAAGUUUCCUACUUUGAGCUCCUGGAAAAGAACGUACAGCAUGGAGAUCCUGCUGCUGGAGCUCAGAAAGGAGAUGGCCAGCGGUCCAAACAGGAAAUUGCCUCAACCUCCAGAAGGCGAGACGUUCCAGUUCCAUUAA